AUGGCCAGAUCAUUCAUGAUCUGUCCGCUCCAAGCGGCCAUUCGGCCAACGGUUUUACGGACUCCACGUUAUCUCCAGAUGCCACCUGGGAUCCCAUUCUGUCGAUUGCGGUCCGGAUCCGAGAUCGCCGGUUCCCGGGGUGUGCUAUUUACGCCAUGGUCGCGGAUAUCGCGGACGCCUUUCUUCACGUCCCAGUUCACGCUCGCCAUGCGUCCGCGUUUGGGGGCAAAUUACCUCUCUCCAACCAUGGCAUUGUUUCCGGAAUGGCCGUCUGUGGCUGGACUGCGUCACCAUGGUUCUUCGCCGUUUUCGGGAAGGCGGUCCGACAUUAUCAACGAACAGGGUCAUCCAUCGUGCUGGCUUAUAGAACCGUUCUGGAUCUUCCAGUGGGUUGACGAUAUUGUUCUCGUUGAGGUCGAUAUUGGGGACCGCCUUCAGAAGGCCGAGAAGCGUCUCAGAGAUGGUGUGAAACUCGUGUUUGGAUCUGAUGGCAGGCAUGAGGGGAAGUUCACAACGUGGUCACGUGUCUUGCAUCAAGGCUAG